AUGUUUGAGAUAUAUUCGAGUAUAAGAGAAGUGAACAAACAAAGCUUGACCUUGCACCACCACUCGUGUGUAGGCGCUUCCAUUAUCAACACCACCACCACCACCAUCACCACCACCACCAUUACCACUACUACCACUACCACCACUACCACCAACUGCACCACCACCAGUGGAGGAGGAAGGUGUUUCUCACAGUACCUAACGGGCGCCUCUCAAAGACGCGAGUGCUUGCGUGCUGAGUUUGUUCGCCAGGUACCAAAAGGGAAUAAUAAUAUCUCAAGUUCCUGUUCUACGGUCUAUUUUGGCGAGAUAGGCACGGGCUCGGGGGUGGGAGAUUUAACGGGGGUCGGGACUGGGAGUGCCGACGAGAUUACCCCGACUCCAACCCCCGGCAACGGUAGCGGUAGUGGUAACAACGUCAUCACCCCCAGAAUAACGAACGGCACCAUAAUAACUAGCACCACUACAAGCAUUACUAUAACUACAACUGCAACCCUUAGUACUACUAUUACUACUACCACCGAUAGUACUACACCGGAAGAAGAUAUCGUUGGUACGACAACCGUUAAUACAACAAUCACAUCCACGAAGAACAACAAUAACAAUAAUAAUAAUAAUAACAACAACAACAACAACAAGUCCAAUAUCGCAACUAGCACCACUACCCCUACCGAUACCACCCCGCAAGUUGCAACGGGGGCUGAACCGCCCCGGCACAUGGAGACAUCCCCGACGAUGGUUCCAGACCAGGCACCCGCCUCCGGACAUCAUUAUCAUAAUCAUUAUCAUCAUCAUCAUCAUCAUCAACAUCAUCGUGGAUCAUCAAACAGUACGCCAACUCGUAACACCUCCAAUAAUUGUCCACCUAGUAGCACAGACACGUCCGAGGAUUUUCUUCCUGUUUCCAAGAAGAGAAAACUUUCUUGCCACGAUGGAAGCGACUUGUUGGAUGAUAUCGGGGAUGAUGCUAAAUCUGUACGCACAAACGACGAUAGUAAAAAGCAGAAUCACAGCGAAAUAGAAAAACGAAGAAGAGACAAGAUGAAUACAUACAUCACAGAACUGUCAGCAAUGGUGCCGAUGUGUCACGCGAUGUCCAGGAAACUAGACAAGUUGACUGUUCUACGAAUGGCUGUUCAACAUUUAAAAACCAUCUUGGGAGCUGUUACCUCAUAUACGGAGGGUCAUUACAAGCCAGCAUUUCUCAGCGAUCAAGAACACAAAACUCUGAUACUUCAAAGAUUGUAUGGUAGGUCCUGAAUAGCUCAGUGGAUAAAGAGCAGUAGCUUGGAAAUAAAAGCGAAAGAUAUCCGUGGUUCGAGUCCCGGGUCGAGUCAGUCAGUCCUUCCAACAGAGCUCAAUUUUUUCUUCGAAUCUUUUA